AGGGACAGGGGGCCAAUGAAAGGAGACUCCACUUUUGACUUCUUCUCAGCACUCAAUAAUUUCUUCUUCUUCUUCUCACAAUAAUAUAGCCAUCUUUGAGACUGCUAAAACAUUUUUCACUGAAAAAAAACUCAACAACCUCUUUGCUUUGCUUUGCUUCGGUUCGCUUCUGAUCUGUUGGUUUUUUCCUUCUGUAAUCAGAAACAAUGCCUAUAGCAGAGAUCUUUCUCUCUGCCUUCGUCAAAUUGCUGUUUGAGAAGAUGUCCUCUUUUGCGUCCUCCAAAUUACCCACCUUUGAAGGUAUUGACACCCAACUGACCAAUUGGACCAAUAUGCUGUCUCAAAUUGAAGCUCUUCUGAUUGACGCAGAGGAGAAGCAAUUGACAGAUCGAGCCGUGAACCUAUGGCUCGACAAUCUCCAGGAUGUGGCAUAUGAUUUGGAUGAUGUUGUGGAUGAGUUCGCCACUGAAGCUUUGCGACAGAGUCUCAAGGCAAAGCCGCCCCAAGCUAGUUCUAGUAAGGUAUGGAACCUCAUCCCAAAUUUCAAGCCAAGAGAUGUUAUGUUUAAUUUCAAAAUGAAGUCCAAGAUUGAGGAGAUCAAUACCAGAUUGCACAAUAGUUAUGAACAAUGUUCGAAACUUAAAUUGGUUAAGAUUGUUGGAACCACCCCUACACCUAUGACUAAGACUUGGCAAAGACCAGACUCUACAUCUUUAUUUGAUGAACCUCACAUUUAUGGCCGAGAACAUGAUCAAAGAAAGAUAAUUGAGUUGCUUGUAAGGGGGGAUGAAUCAAGUCAUAACAACAUUGGUGUAAUUCCCAUUGUGGGUAUGGGUGGGAUUGGCAAGACCACCCUUGCUCAGAUGGUAUACAAUGAUGAAACUGUGCAGAAGCAUUUCCAUCUGAAAGCCUGGGUCUGUGUGUCAGAUGAGUUCGACAUUAUGAGAAUAACAAAAGCAAUUCUUGAGUCAGUGACUUCCCAGACAUUUAGUUUUAAUAACUUGGACCAAGUUCAAGUUCAACUAAAGCAGGCUUUGGCUGGAAAGAAGUUCUUAAUUGUUUUAGACGAUAUUUGGAACAAAAAAUACAGUGACUGGAAUGUUUUGAAGAAACCUUUCAAUGAUGGAGCCAAAGGGAGUAAAGUUGUGGUGACUACACGUGACAGAGAAGCUGCAGGAAUGAUGACAACUGUUCAACUUCAUGACGUUAAGUUCCUAUCAAAGGAGGAUUGUUGGUCAUUGUUUGCACAGCAUACUUUUGCGAUUACAAGCAUUGAUGCAAAUCCAAAAUUGGUAUCAAUUGGUAAGGAAAUUGUGGAGAAAUGUAAAGGUUUGCCUCUGGCUGCUAGGACACUCGGUGGCCUUUUACGCAGCAAAGUACGAGAUGAGGAAUGGGAAGACGUAUUGCAUAGUAAAAUAUGGGAUUUACCACAAGAAAGUGACAUCCUUCCAGCUUUGAGGUUAAGUUACCAUCAUCUACCUUCACAUUUGAAGCAGUGUUUUGCAUAUUGCUCCAUAAUACCCAACGACUAUGAAUUUGAGGAAGAGGAGUUGGUCUUGUUGUGGAUGGCAGAGGGUUUCAUUCAAAAACAAAGAAAGAAACAAAUGGAAGAUGUUGGAGGUGAGUACUUCCAGGAAUUGUUGUCAAGGUCUUUUUUCCAACCAUCAAGUACCAGUAAAAGCUCUAAAUUUGUGAUGCAUGACCUCAUCAAUGAUUUGGCUCAGGUUGUUGCAAGAGAUACUUGUUUAAGAUUGGAUGAUAAAUUUAAAGAUCAGGAGCAAUACCGAAAUCUAAAGAAAGUUCGACAUUCAUCCUACACGCAAAAGUACCAUGAGGGUAUGAAAAAAUUUGAGAUUUUCAACAAAGCCAUGCAUUUACGAACCUUCUUACCAUUUAACUUACCAUAUGGUGUGAAUUGUCAUUUGGCAAGCAAUGUUCCCUUUAAUCUAUUGCCGAAGCUAAGACGCUUGAGGGUGCUCAAUAUGAGUAGUUAUGACAUCAUAGAAGUUCCAAAUUCUGUUGGAGAUUUGAAACAUCUGCGGUAUCUUAACCUAUCCAACACUAACAUUGAAGAAUUACCUGAAUCACUAGGCUCUCUUUACAAUCUACAAACAUUGAUGUUAAGAGGAUGUAGACAACUGAAAAAGUUGCCAACAGACUUGGGAAACCUAAUUGACCUACGUCAUCUCGAUACUACAAAUGCACAUUCCUUAAAAGAAAUGCCACUGGGAAUAGGUAAGUUGGCUAGUCUUCAAACGCUGUCCAAUUUUAUUGUUACUAAAAACAGUGGGCAUCGGUUAAAAGAGUUAGGAAAUUUAAUUUAUCUUCGGGGGAAGCUUUGCUUAUCUGGGUUACAGAACGUGGUGGUUCCAUUAGAUGCAAGGGAGGUGAAUUUAAAUGAUAAGAAGGGGUUAGACGUGUUAUCAAUGGAAUGGAGUGUUAACUCAGAUAAUUCACGAGAUGUAAGAGUUGAAACAGGAGUGCUUGACAUGCUGCGACCUCACAAAGAUUUAAAAGAGCUCCAUAUCAAAGGCUACCUUGGUAUAGGAUUUCCAACUUGGAUAGGAGAUCCUCUAUUCUCCAAUAUGGUUGACGUAAGUUUAGAUAAUUGUGGAAAUUGUGUAUCCUUGCCACCACUUGGACAACUACCCUCUCUCAAAAACCUUUACAUUAAAGGAAUGACUGCACUAAAACAUGUCAGUCCUGAGUUUUACGGGCAGGGUAGUGCCAAACCUUUUCAAUUACUGGAGACUCUAAGCUUUAAGGAUAUGCCGGAAUGGGAGUAUUGGUAUACUUUUGAAGAUGAUAAGGAAGUUGAACCAUUUACUCAUGUUAGUGAGCUCUCCAUUGAAAAUUGUCCAAAACUUGUUGGAAUGUGGCCAAGUGAUCUACCUUGUUUGAAUAAUCUAAAGAUUACAAAGUGCCCGCAACUGCUAGUUGAUGAUGAAGUGAUAUCAGCAAAUGCAAAGUCUAAGCAUCCAAGUUCAAUAACUUCCUUGAGCAUUGGGAUGAUUAAGAAACUCGAGCUCUUGCCAAAAUGGGUUACUCAUGGGCUGAUGGAACUCAAAGCAUUGGAGAUCACAAGCUGUGAAGAACUCAAGACACUGUGGAAGAACGAGGCGAGAGUACAACACAGUCUCCCUGCAUUUCAACGUUUGAAAAUUGAAGGCUGCCCCCAGCUUGUUUCAUUGUUUGAAGAAGAUGAGGAUGAAGACAACAAAGGGCAACAUGAGCAGCAGCAGCAGCAACAAGAGGGACUCCCCUGCAUAGUGAGGAGGCUUGAGCAUCUAAAAAUAGAUAAUUGUGAAAAGCUAGAGAAACUGCCACGGCUGGUACAUAACUUCACUUUUCUUGGAGAGUUGUUUGUCUAUAAGUGUCCGAGUCUCGGCUCUUUUCCAGAGACAGGUUUUCCGUGCACAUUGAAAACACUCAGGAUAUAUGAUUGUGAGGCUUUGCAAUCCUUAUUCGGGUGUUUAACACAGAUUAAUGACAGUAAUCUUCAAGUGUUAGAUGUUCGUGAUUGUCCAUCCCUCACAAGCUUGAUAUCGUGUAGAGGUGGGGGGCUACCACCCACACUCAAAGAGCUUGGGAUUAGGAGGUGUAAAAAGUUGGAGGCACUGCUAGUAGUAGAGGAGGGGAUGGAAAUUACCUGUCCAUCUCUUGAGUCUGUUUGGAUCAGUUAUUGUGAUAGGCUCAAAUACUUGCCAGAUGCCCUUCCUAAUAAUGAUAAUAAUAAUCUCAGGAAUCUCAGUCGAUUGUACUUGUAUGGGUGUAAGAAUUUGGAGUACAUUCCGGAAGGAUGGUUCCGCUCCGCAACAAAUCUGGCACAUUUGGAUAUCAGGGAAUGCAAAAAACUCAAGGCCCUACCACACGGAUUGCAGAGCAUCAACUACCUCACUUCUCUUCAAUCGCUGUAUAUGAAUAUUUCACAAUGGAACAACAACUUCAAGAAGAUUGGUUUGCGCAGUUUAUCCUCUCUUAGAACACUGUCGAUUUCAGGCGCAAUUAGCGUGGCAGAGGAUGAAGAAGAAGAAGGUGUAGCGGGGUCCAGCUUUCCGAUAGAUGGGAAGUUGCUGCCCACCUCUCUGCUCAAUCUUUGGAUCGGGAAUUUCCGAAAUCUGGAGAAGCUGUCUUCAAAGUGGUUUCAAAACCUCGCCUCUAUUGAAUCUCUUGAAAUCGGCAGUUGCCCUAGGCUCAAAUCUUUACCAGUGCAAAGGCUGCCUCCCUCACUUAACAGAUUAUCGAUCUAUGGAAGUCGGAAACUGACAAGGAAGUGUGAAAAGGGGAAAGGCAAAUAUUGGCCCCACUUAGCUCACAUACCUGAAGUCCAUGUUCAUGAUUAAGCUCUGUUGUGGAGAUUCCCACCGCAGUUUUACAAGCACUCAAAUUGCCAGAAAUGUGCUUUCAAGGAUUUGAAUACAAAGAAAGGCUUCUUUCGAUAGAUUUCCUCAUCUGCUUUUAUUUCCGAGGGAACCACAACAAAUGGAAGAGUUCUCAUUUCUUUCCAACUUGGUGUAUUUGUCCUUGGAUAUCCUGUGCAUCCAGUGAUUGUUCGCUAUCCCCAUGUACAUUUUGACCAAUCCUGGGGAAAUAUAGCUUCGGGAAACCUCAUGUUUAGAAUGUUCAUAGUUUCACAAUUUCAUGGAGGACAACAUAUCUCUAGUCUGAUCUUGGAUUGUUGCUGAGUCUUGAUUGGUUACACUAACUGUACAAACAUCUCAUGCCUAUGGGGACAUCAUGCUACUUGCAAAAGCUUUCGAGUCCAAACACGUCACUUUACGUGCUCCAUGUGUUUUGGUUUUUAUAGUUUAUCUUGCUUUUAGGUCGGUAAAAAUGAUCUUGUACUUCAUUCAAACAUUCUAUAAGUGCUAUAUUUCAGCUCCUAAACUUAAUUUGAUGGCCUUUUUUGCGAUGGACCAAGAAUA